CUGUCGCGAAUUGAAGGUAAAAAUAUUCAUUACGCAACAAACCAUGUUGGGCGUAGGAUUGCUGUUGGUGUUGCUGCGGUUGUCUUCAGCGACGCUGAUUUCGAUAGAAGCAGAGACGUCUCGAGGUGAGCACGUCGUGAGAAACAGAGAUAAUGCCUCCAACGGCAAGACCGUCUUGCUGAAGGAGGGGGACGUCCUGGCAUACAGGUUUUGUCUCCUUCGGUCGACCCAAGCCUUCUUGAAAGAUGUUGUAUUUUCCAAUGACGGUAAUCAGGACCAUGUCUCGAUCACCCUAGACCAAGAAAUAAUCGGUUCAUUCACCACUGAAAGCAAGUCUGGGCAUGGUUCCUUGUGGAACGUCAUGAAAAGGUCUGGAAAGAUGGGUACAAGGUCUUUAGAGGGAGGCAUUCACCGUCUCAAGAUGAAGGUGAUUGAGAGUGACGAGUACGGUAUUGAAAUAGAUAAGAUAUUGAUUGAAAUCGAUGAUCCUUUGCUGACGUCAGAAUCAGCAGUUCUAAACUGCUCGUUACCUUGUAUAAAGGAUCCGCUGGCCCUCGAGAGCAACGCCGACCAAUCUGUGACUGACGGAUACAUCUUGCAGAAGAGCUAUCCUACUCUUUGUGCUGAGGAGGACAACGUUCACAUUCAGCUGUUCCACAACAGCGUUAAAGAGUACACCGUCACUGCAUACAAGCCACAGAUGUACACGUUUCAAAACCUGAGAGAUGAAGAUACAAAACACUGCCCGUUUCUUGAUCCGGUUUACUGGAAAUUUGAGGAUGUUCCAUUGGAAAACCUUCUCAUUUCGCCUAAGGUAUCAAACCGAGCCAUCCUUGCCGUUAACGAUGACGGUGCUAACGGCAUCCACAACCUGUUCUCUUUUCAAGUGCUGUUCCAUCUGGCCGGAAGGACCGAGGGUCACAUCGACUCGGAGAUCGGGUCUGAGUUGACACUGAAACUAGACGGAUUAACGUCUACAGCAAAUGUUACAGUCUUGUACAAGGAGAAGAAAUCAGGUCUCCUCUUCAAGGAAACUUCUGUACCAUUUUCAGGAUCUUCUCCGUCUCACAAAUGGACCAUCGCCGAUUUCACGUGGUUUGAGAAGCAAGAAAAUGAAAUCAUCCUGAAGAUCUUCACGAAUCAAACUAACGGCAUCAUCAUUGAUGACUUUCAUUUGGAACGACGUUACAUGGGUUCAGAUAAACCGUUUGUUAUGUACAAGGACGAAGAGGUGGCUAUUGAAGGCGUUGACAUCGACUUCUGGUGGCUAGCGCCCGACUCCAUGAAAGUGACCAUUUCCACGACAAGUCAAACUUACGAAAAUGCUGACUACUUGCGCAUAGCCCUCCCUGUGCCCUGGAACGAGACGUGGAGUCAGGUGUUUGUUCUGUAUCAAGAUGGCAAUGUUCGUCUACUUCCUCCAGUACCUCCUGCUGCAGACUGGAUCCCCUUCGGAACCUCCGUCAUCGUUGGUCAAACUUUGUCCAGUGACUUCCGGCCAGUGGCUCCCAUCGCGUCUGUCGUCGUCAACCCUGACACACUAGUUCUGAACGUGACGUACCGUGAUGGCGGACAGGCGACCCUAAAAGUACACGUUCAAGUGGACAGGACAGAACUUCGGGUCAGCAACCUUCUGUUCAAGCAGGACACGGAAGCGAAUCCCUUUGCUAUAUUCCGCUCUAUGUACGUUGACGCCGGUAACGACGACUCAGACAGCGUCAUGACGGACAAGGAGGGACCACGACACGUCAUGGGGAAGUGGGACACGCUGUCGGGGACGUCGUUCUUACUAUUCAGACGAUGUGAAUCGAGUCACCUGACUCAGAGUCCUGACAUACGAGUGGACAUCAAUAAAGUCUAGCCAUGACACUCAGUCAGUGCAGAGCAAUCCCAUAUAAGCCUUGUUGAUUCAUUCAGUUUCAGUUUCUCGAACAAGUACCUCAUUCCUCAAAAAGAAGGAAAAUAUUUGUUUAACAAUUUUUUUAACAAAGUUACAAAAUACACCCCUUGUCACGGAACGUUUUGAAGCAAUGGACGAAUGAUUUUCAAUAUGUGGAAAAUAAAAUAUUGUGUCACCCCUCA